AUGCCAGCCCCCGAAGGGUACAACGGGGGCGACCGAGGAGAACGGGCACUGGCCGCUGCGUCGUCGCCUGAAGCCGCCUCAGGCGGUGGGGGCUUGCGAGGUCGGGGAGGCGCCACGGCCGCCCCGCCGGCGCUCUGCACCCCCUGCGAGCGGAAGCCCCGGGUCCGGAGCGCAGCGCCCCUCCCCCCACGCCGCCCGCUGCUCCAGGAGGGCGGGCGCAGCCGGUGGGGCAGGGGGAGACAGGCCGCGGCUACUGCGCUGGGGGCUGACGCCGACCGCCCUCCGCCACCACCCAGGCCUCCCCGAAGCUGCAAGUCUUCACCCAACAGGCGCAGCUCCGAAACAGGUCCGCCAGGACAGGCCUCCGGCGACUCUGGGCGGGCGGCCGGCCCUCCUGCUCUCCCCCACACGCUCCCCCACCCCGACUCCCGCGCUGGCCCUGCCCUGCCGCCCGAGCCCUGGUCUCUGCUCCGUCCCCCUGGGCCCGGUCUGUCCUCUUACUGCAGACCGGGGUGUCCAACCCGCCGUCACCGGGGCCACAGCAGCCUCCAGGUUGCCCUCGAAGGGCUGGGGGCCGUGCUAGGGCGGUGUGAGUGUGACUGCUGCUUCACAGGCUCACGGCAGCAGGCCGCCAGCAGGCCGCCGGGCCGGACACACAGCCCCGAGGGGGCAGUCUUCGCCACGAGGGCCUGCCCGCCUGCAGGGGAGCGGCCAAGGUCUGCCUUCUGCCGGCCAGCGCUGCAGACGCCCCACCGGGAAGACUGCACAACCUCGGGCCGGCCGGCUCCUGGGGGAGGGAGGGGGCUGCGGCUGGGCGCGAACUGA